AUGCAUCCUCCCAGCAAGCGAUCUCGAUCAGAGAUCAAAAACCCUCCACCUCCCAUGCCAAUCUCCGAUCCUGAAUCCAAAAUCUCCCAAUACGAACUCUCUAGAGAAGAAAGAAUCCGCGAAAAUCGCGAGAGAAUGGGAAAAUUGGGGAUUCCCGAUAUCUCACAUUCCCUCAAGCUCAUAACAACCCCACCUUCACGAAGAACUCCAUCUAACCCUAAAUCGCUUCUUCCUCGUAACCCUUCUAGCCCUUCUCGCCGUUCUUCCAGGUUACAGAAUAUUGCUCCUGUUUUUGUGGUUGGUUUAGGGGAAGAUGUGAAGAGAUCUAACAAGUCAGGCGAUGAGGUAGUAAAGAGAAAAGGCGGCGGCGGUUUCCUUCUUCCACUUCAACUAUCUGAUGCCCUUGCGAAGUUCUUUGGAGAAAGUGAAUUAUCAAGAAUUGAAGUCGUUAAAAGAAUGUGGGAUUAUAUAAAAGGAAACAACCUUCAGGAUCCUUCUAAAAGGAGGCAAAUAUUAUGCGACGAAAAGUUGAAAGAACUCUUUGGUAUUGACUCCUUCGACGGCUUCACUGUUUCAAAACUGCUGGUGCCUCAUUUCAUAAAGAAAUAG